GGCGGCGCCGGCGCUCGGCGCUGACAGCCACAUGCCGCCCUGCCUGAAAAGGCUGCGAGGCGCCGGCGGGGAGGGAGAGGAGGCGCAGACGGCGCCCCAGCCCGCACCACCGCCGCCGCGCCCCGGGGGAUGCCGAGGCGCCGGCCCCGCGGGUCGCCCUAGGGGAGAGGCGCUCCGCCGGCACCGCCCGCCCCGCAGCCCCGGUGCGGGGAACGCCGCCGCCCCUCGCUGAGCCCCGCCGGAGCUGGUCGCGAGUGGGGCGCCCACACGGGGCGCGGCGCGCCCGGGGUAGGGAGGCGAAGCCCGGCCCCGCAGCCUCGGGUCUUGCGUUGUGGGCUUCGGGUUUUUUUGUAAUUUGUUCCGGAGGAUGGAUACGUUUCUUCUUGCCUGGGGAUUUCUAGGGCUGUGCUUGCCCGGCUCUGGAGGCACGGCGGAGACAGCUCAGCCGUGCGGGGGUCGCCUGAACUCCAAGGAUGCUGGGUACAUCACCUCACCAGGGUACCCCAAUGACUACCCCUCCCACCAGAACUGUGAAUGGGUCAUCUACACCCCUGAAUCCAACCAGAAGAUUAUCCUCAACUUCAACCCUCACUUCGAAAUUGAAAAACAUGACUGCAAGUAUGACUACAUCGAGAUCCGCGAUGGGGACAGUGAAGCGGCAGACCUGCUGGGCAAGCACUGUGGGAACAUUGCACCUCCUACCAUCAUCUCUUCUGGCCCCUCUCUCUACAUCAAGUUCACCUCAGACUACGCACGGCAAGGUGCCGGCUUCUCUCUGCGCUAUGAGAUCUACAAGACAGGCUCUGAGGACUGCUCCAGAAACUUCACUGCCUCCAACGGCACUAUUGAGUCUCCGGGUUUCCCUGACAAGUAUCCACACAACCUGGACUGCAUCUUCACCAUCAUAGCCAAGCCAAAGACAGAAAUCCUCCUCCACUUUCUGCUUUUUGACCUCGAGCAUGACCCACUGCAGUCAGGGGAAGGAGACUGCAAGUAUGACUGGCUAGACAUCUGGGAUGGCAUCCCUCACGUUGGCCCCUUGAUAGGCAGGUACUGUGGCAUUAAUAUGCCAUCGGACAUCCGCUCGACCACCGGCGUCCUCUCGCUCACCUUCCACACGGACCUGGCAGUGGCUAAGGAUGGUUUCUCUGCUCAGUACUACUUGAUCCACCAGGAAGUCCCAGAAAACUUUCAGUGCAAUGUGCCUCUGGGGAUGGAGUCUGGCAGGAUCUCCAACAUGCAGAUCAGUGCCUCCUCCACCUACUCAGAUGGGCGAUGGACCCCUCAGCAGAGCCGGCUCAACAGUGAUGACAACGGCUGGACCCCCAAUGUAGACAGUAACAAAGAGUAUCUCCAGGUGGACCUCCACUUCCUGACUGUGCUCACAGCCAUUGCCACACAGGGUGCCAUCUCGAGAGAAACCCAGAAGGGCUACUAUGUCCGUACCUACAAGCUGGAGGUCAGCACCAAUGGGGAGGACUGGAUGAUGUACCGACACGGGAAAAACCACAAGACAUUUCAGGCCAAUGAGGAUGCCACAGAGGUGGUUCUCAACAAGAUCCACAGCCCAGUGCUCACACGCUUCGUGCGCAUCCGUCCCCAGACCUGGCACAAUGGCAUUGCCCUGAGGCUGGAGCUGUAUGGCUGCCGCAUCACUGAUUCACCCUGCUCCAACUUGCUGGGAAUGCUUUCUGGCCUCAUUCCUGACUCACAGAUCUCUGCCUCUUCCAUCAGAGGCUAUGACUGGUCUCCCAGCAUGGCCCGCCUGGUGAGCAGCCGCUCAGGCUGGUUUCCCCGUGUGCCCCAAGCCCAGCCUGGGGAGGAGUGGCUGCAGGUGGACCUUGGCAUCCCAAAGAACAUCAGAGGCGUCAUUAUUCAGGGGGCUCGUGGAGGGGACAGUGUGACCACCACUGAGUCCCGUUCCUUUGUGAAGAAGUUUAAGGUGGCCUACAGCAUGAAUGGAAAGGACUGGGACUUCAUCCAGGACCCCAAAACAAUGCAAGCCAAGCUUUUUGAAGGCAACAUCCACUACGACAUCCCUGAAGUCCGGAGGUUUGACCCUGUUCCUGCCCAGUACGUCCGAGUGCACCCAGAGAGGUGGUCCCCAGCGGGAAUAGGAAUGCGCCUGGAGGUGCUGGGCUGUGACUGGACAGAUGUCAGGCCCACUGCAGAGACGCUGGUGCCCACUUUGAAGAGUGAAGAGACCACCACUCCCUACCCAACUGAUGCAGAAGCAACCGACUGUGGUGACAGCUGUGGAGAAGAGGAGGAUUUCCAACUCCCUGCAAACUUCAACUGCAACUUUGAUCUUCCUGAAGACCUUUGUGGUUGGUCACACGACUUGGCAACUGGCUAUACGUGGUCUUUUCAGCCUACAGGCACCUGGAUUGGCAACUCUGAACCAAGCCCUGACACUGUGCCUGAUGUCAAGAAUUACCUGCAACUGCAAAGCAGCGGAAGGCGGGAGGGCCAGCGAGCCCGGCUCAUCAGCCCCACCAUCUAUUUGCCCCAGAGUGCUGUCUGCAUGGUUUUCCAGUACCAGGCAUGGGGCAGCAAUGGGGUGAUGCUGCGGGUCUGGCGGGAAGCCAGCCAGGAGCACAAGGCACUGUGGGUCAUCGCGGAGGACCAAGGCGAGGAGUGGAGGGAAGGGCGCAUCAUUUUGCCGAGCUACGACAUGGAGUACCGGAUCGUGUUUGAGGGAUUUAUCCGCAAUGGCCACUCGGGAGAGCUGGCCCUGGAUGACAUCCGGCUAGGCACUGACAUCCCGCUGGAGAACUGCAUGGAACCCAUCACAGCUUUCCCAGGUGAGAACUCCUACUUUCCAGUGAACUUCCCGAGAAUGGAGGAUGACUUCCCAAGCUCUGAGCAAGACUUUGAAGACAACGACGAUCCAGAUUACUUUGGAUCGGAUAGGAACGACACACUGUUCUCUACUAACUCUCCAGGAACCCCGAAGCUGGACAAAGAGAAAAGCUGGCUAUACACCCUGGAUCCCAUCCUGGUGACCAUUAUAGCAAUGAGCUCCCUCGGGGUCCUGCUCGGGGCCAUCUGCGCUGGCCUGCUCCUCUACUGCACGUGCUCGUACGCCGGGCUGUCCUCGCGGAGCUCCACCACGCUGGAGAACUACAACUUCGAACUGUACGACGGCAUCAAGCACAAGGUGAAGAUGAACCACCAGAAGUGCUGCUCGGAGGCCUGAUGGCUGCCUGGGGAUGACCCUUGGCAUUGUGCCCGGUGAGGUGGGCUGGCAGGGGGGUACUUUUUUGCUGUUUUCUAUGGGAACUGAAUGCCAUAACAGGGAAUGAGGGGAGCAGGAGUGAGGGGAGGCACUGCUCCUGCCACCAGGUCUUGCUGCUGGGUCACACUCCACCAGGACCAAGUGGCUCUCCUGCAAACCAGACUGUGCCGGGCGAGGGGGGGACUGAGCCCCUUGUUUGUUGGUUCAUCUUCAUUUUCUGCUGAUGUGAGUGGCUGGGAUGUGGUAAGGGAGCCUGGUUUACCUUUUGGAUGUGAGAAACUAAAUGUUGAUUGUUAUUUCCCACCUCCUUUCUCUGGUAAUUGCUGAGAAGGCUGAGGGAUUUCUUUAGAAAUAACACACACACACACGGAGCCCCUGUCCAUUUUAGACUCCAUCCAGAUAUCAUUGUAGGGAUUUGUGCACUUCACACUAAGAACAGGAAGCUGCAGUUUGCAGUCCUGAAAGUGGAAGCAUGUUGUUACCUUCAACUUGCCUUCUCCUGGUAGCAGGGGAAAGGUGGGAUACUGGCUUUACUGUCAACAGUAACAACAGCGCUUUCUGAAAUCAUUAAGAAAGAAAAUAGAAGGGAAACCCUAUGUGUAGAAGCACCUCUUUGUGAAAAGCUGAAGAGCCUUAAAGUGAUUUGUGAAUAAGAGCCAUUUAUUAAAUCCAUAUCUUUGAUUGCAGCAGCAGAGGCCUUCAUCAGUAAGGCCUUUAUUUGAAUCUCCACCCCACUUGAGCCUGCCAUUUUUCUUUUUGCUAUAAUGAGAAAAUUGCAGCAAACAAAAGAUAGAGCCUGUCGGGUUGCUGGCUUAGGCAAUGGCUUUGGGAAGGGGGCUUCACUUGGGGUUUGACUUGAGGUACAGUGCUGAGGCCUCUCCAAAGUUCCAGGAAGGGAAAAUGAACAGGAAGGAGGCUGGAGCAAUGCCCACAGCCCUGGAGAACCUGGCCAUGGUGCCCACUGUCACCCCCUCACCUUCCUAAUGCUCUCCUUGUCCCUGGAGCUGGGGGUAGUGAGCUGGUGCCAUCAGCACCUCUGGACCACACAGCUGCCACCACAUCCCCUUUGGAGCAAAGCUGCACUGCUCCUGAUCAGUAGCAAAAGCCCCAAGUUCUAUCUCUGAACUGGUUUUUUGUUUGUUUUUUUUUUUUUUUACUUUGAACAAGUGCCUUAGAAGUAUUUUUCCUCCAGCUGAUGAUCAGUGCUGUAGCAAAUAGCAAGUGAGGCCUUCAUCCUUCCCCACAAAAUGCUCUUCUUCACCACUCUCCACUGGUUAGAGCCCAGCAGAAAUCUAGUCCUUCUACUUUCAAAUGGUCUGGCUAUAUUGUGUGGCAGCUGGUACCUCUCCACUUACCACUGUGCUGUGGGACAGGAGUGUUACGAGAAUAACUGAAUGGAGAAAAAGAGUUGAAAUGCUGAACCCCAAAGCAAUGCCUUCAUUUCCAGUUCAGUACAGGAUCACCUCUAUCAACUUGCACAUACAUAAAUAAGAAACCUUUCUGUCACACUGGGUUUAUUUUUCCAGGGGCUCUUUGGUGAUACCUGGCAUGUCCUGAUUUUUACAUUUUACCUUACAAGUAGUUUGGCUUGGGGAUGGCAUUAUUUUCUUCACCAACUGCUAUUGACAGAGAUGUGAUGUGUUGUGAAGCUCAGUUUGCCCAGCCCCACAAACACAUCGUGCAGGAGUCCAGGUGUUUAGGGACACAAGCAACAUCUGGAGAGGAGAUGAGCAUGGACACAAGAGCAGUGCAACAGAUGCUCCUUGGUACUGCAGGAAUAGGAACAUCUGUCUAAUGUCUCAUGAAGAGCUCCCUCAGACAAUAAGAUUUUAGGAAAAAAACCCUUUCUCUGCUGUGAGAAAGGUGCACAUGUACUGGGGGAGCAGAAACAGCAGCUGCGUCAUCAGCACCUCCGCGGUUCGUGUACACACGCAGAGACGCACACACAAAGGCCUUCAUUUCUUUAAUUCACACUGUGCACCCGACAAAAACAGCAGUAAAUGUGUCUCUGAUUCUCCUCUCGAAUCACCUUAUUUCUUUUGGUGUUUUUCACAGACAAAUUCCACAGGGGUGUUAUUUUACUGUACAAAAGAAACAGAGGCAGUGAGAGGAAAUGUACCAGACCAUUUCAAAGCUGGAUUGCUGCUGCUCAAUGAUUUCAUUCCCUUCAAAUCACCAGAGAGGGGAAGGAUGAAUGGAAAAGGACCAUACAGUAGAAAAGCCAACUUAGGCAAACAAUAGGUGAAAAUAUAUAAUUAAAAGGUGAUGUUAUGGUGUCUAGUAGGCGUACAGAGAGAAGAGUUCAUAUAUAGAUAUAUUCAGAAAUAGUGUGUUUGCACACGCACGUGAAUUCUCUGUAUGUAUCGUGUAUGUGACUUAUUCCGUGGGACUGACUCGUGUUAAUGUAUCUCUUGAUCUGGGGCAGGGGAGUACUGCUGACCUUGGCACUAAGGUGGCACGGGCCCAGCCCGUGUGUCCCGCUGGCCCCUGGCAGGGGGCAGGGCCCACGUGUGCGGUCACCGGGCGAGAGAAGGCCGAUCAUGCUGCACAGCCAAUACCUCACUUACCUCUGCCGGGUGCUUUACUGUUCUACGGAAAACUGUGUUUGAUUGUAACUUCAACAGGGACGGGGGAAGGGUCAUCGGUGCAUUCAAUUCAUUGCAUCCUCCUCUGCAAACAGAGUCGGUUUGCUGAUUGCAAUUCCCUCUGUGAAAUUCAGAAAAGAAAAAAAAAUCGGCAUUAAUGCCUUUGCUUAAAUGGGCUGUUUCCUCCACACGCUUCCCAUGGCAGGACAUGUUGCUAAUGGGCAGGCUGUAGUUCUGGGUGACUUCAUUUUGUGGGAAGGUGCCGGAGGUGAGCAUGGGAAUUAAACCAUUAAGAAAUUAUAUGCAGAAAUGGAAAUUCUCCAAGGUUUGCAGUUCAAGGUAUUUGACCAUUUACUGGCUGAGCCAGGACUUACGGACUUAAAGAGCUUUUACUGUGAUUCUUCGGUGUAACAAACAAACAAAACAAAACAAAAAAUAAAACUGUGUUUAUAUGAUUUGUAUAAAAACCUUUUAAAAUUACUAUUUAAUAAACAUUAUGGUAGAGAUUAA